CCAUGGAGCAUCUUGAGCUCAAUGCUGUGAUUGGCUUCGCAGGCACUAUAGUGGAUGGCAUCAUACUGCUGCCUGACAACCGGAGCAUGGUCUUCGCGUUGGGGUCUACCAUCAUCAAGCGCGACAUCGUAGACCCUAAGAAUCAACAAUUCCUGCAAGGACAUAGUGACAGGGUGACGUGCAUGGCCCUGUCGCCGUCCGGCAAGUACCUGGCGUCCGGUCAGGUCACCCACCUGGGCUUUCAGGCCGACGUGAUCGUCUGGGACAUGGAGAGCUUGGAAAUCGUCCACAGGCUUCGCCUUCACAAGGUUCGCGUGGAGGCCUUGGCGUUCUCGUGCAAUAGCAAGUGGCUGGCGACUGUGGGAGGAGAGGACGACAACAGCCUGGUGGUCUGGAACCUUGAGACCGGGAAGGCGGUUUGCGGAUCCCCAGCAGCCAACCAUCCGUGUCGGACUGUGAAGUUUGCGAAGCACGACGAGUUUCUGCUCAUCACGGCCGGGGAGGGGAACCUGCGCGUGUGGGACUUCGACCUGGCGAACCGCAAGAUCAGACCCACCGACUGCAACCUCGGCAAGCUGCAGCGAUCAGUGAACUACAUCUACGUCGACGAUCACGAUGAGUACAUGUACGCCGGGACGACGACCGGAGACGUGCUGAAGGUGAACCUGAGGACGAAGUUGUUCAAGCACGUCGGCCCCAAGUCGAGGCUGAGCCAAGGAGCAAGCUGCAUCAACAUGACGCCCGACGGAGACCUGCUGGUGGGCAGCGGCGACGGGACGAUCGCGACCCUGGACGCCGAGACCCUCAAGCUGAAACAGACGACGACGAUCGACGGAGGAGCCAUAACCUGCAUCGCUCCGCACGUGUCCAAGCAGCUCUUCUUCGUCGCCACAUCUCUCUGCUCCACCUUUGUCGUCAAGUACGAGGGCCUCCAAGCCGAGCUGAGGUCCACCUGCCACUCGUCCAAGAUCCACGACGUGGUCUAUCCCUUCGGCUACUCGGAGCUCUUCGCCACCUGCUCCCACCAGGACAUCCGCGUGUGGAACGCGCGCACGUGCGCGGAGCUACUGAGGAUUCAGAUCCCCAACCUCGAGUGCAACUGCGUCUGCUUCGCGCGGGACGGCAAGGCGAUCCUGAGCGGCUGGUCGGACGGGAAGAUCAGAGCCUUCGGGCCGCAGUCGGGCAAGCUGCUGUUCGUGAUCAACGACGCGCACGUGGGAGGAGUGACGGCGAUCGCCUGCGCCAACGACCCGCAGAGGAUCGUGAGCGGAGGGUUCGACGGGUCUGUGAGGGUGUGGAGGAUCACGGCAGAGAGCCGGGUGAUGAUCGGGUCGAUGAAGGAGCACAAGGCGACUGUGAACUGCAUCAAGGUGCGAGGAAACGACCUUGAGUUCGUUAGCGCGAGCUCGGACGGCUCCUGCAUCAUCUGGGACAUGAGGAGAUUCGUGCGGAACAACUCGCUGUUCGCGUCCACCUUCUUCAAGGCCGUCCUCUACCACCCCGACGAGUCUCAGCUGCUCACCACAGGGACCGACAGGAAGAUCACCAACUGGGACGCGUAUGAUGGCAGCGCCAUCCGCAUCGUCGACGGGUCAACGUCGGCGGAGUUCUUUGUGAGCGGAGGAGGCGACAAGAUCCUCAAGCUGUGGCACUACGACGAGGGUCAGUGCCAGGCCGUGGGCAUCGGACACAGCGGGGCCAUCACGCGAGUCGCCGUGUCGCCGGACCAGAGGAACCUUGUGUCAGUCGGAGACGAAGGAGCCAUCCUCAUCUGGAAUAUCCCUCCUCGCUUCUCCUCCUCCUGAUGUUCAAUAUGUAAAGUGCUAACUCUACCUGCC